AUUCUACACAGUAAGAGACAGCAGCACAAUGAUAGAGAGAAAUGCAUAGCAGCAUGCAAUAUUAGGUCAUGGAAGGAGACGUCCGGGUGGCUGGGGACCAGGCCACACCUGGUGACACCCAGCUGGCUGUGGUCCAGGCCAGUCCCAUCUCAGGAGGACAGGGGGACACACUGCCAUGGCCCACUUUGGAUACAGUAAUCAGUUGCAGCUCCACAGAGCUGAACAACCUUGGAAAAGAGCCCAAUGAACCCAAAAAAGAAGUCAUCGAAGGAAAAGGAAAAUGUGCCGAACCAGGAAAAGAAUUGGAUUUGGAUGAACAAGCGGAGGAAGUGAUGGAGCAGGUAAAGAAGAUGAUAGACCAGGACCACACAUUAACAGAAGAGGAAAAGGCAUUCAUCAUGGAGCAUGUAGUAAAAGAAUUAAGUCAGCAAGACAAAGCACUGAAUGACCAUGUAAACAAAAUGGAAUUUGAGGAAGAAGAUGAAACGGUGAUGGAACACGUAAAAAAGCAGCUGGAGCGAGAAGAUAUUUGUGAGGAGGAUAAAAAAUUCAUCAUGGAAGAAAUUAAGGAUCUAAUGAAGAAAGACAAAGCACAAACAGAGCAGGUAAUAAAACUAUGUGAGCACACAAACAAAGCAAAGGAAGAAGAAGAGCCCCUUAACAUAAAACUAAAGGACAUGGAAAAAACACUGAAGGACAAUGGAACUGAACUGACAAACGGAAAAGAAUUGGAUUUGGAUGAAGAAGCGAAGGAAGUUAUGGAGCAGGUAAAGAAGAUGAUAGACCAGGACGGCACAUUAACAGAAGAGGAAAAGGCAUUCAUCAUGGAACAUGUAGUAAAAGAAUUAAGUCAGCAAGACAAAGCACAGAAUGAACAUGUAAACCAAAUGGAAUUUGAGGAAGAAGAUGAAACGGUAAUGGAACACGUUAAAAAGCAGCUGGAGCGAGAAGAGAUUUGUGAAGAGGAUAAAAAAUUCAUCAUGGAAGAGGUUAAGGAUCUUAUGAAGAAAGACAAAGCACAAACAGAGCAGGUGAAAGAACUAUGUGAGCACAAUACCAAAGUAAAGGAAGAAGAAGAGCCCCUUGAACUGAACAUAGAACUAAAGGACAUGGAAAAAGCACCGAAGGACAAUGGAACUGAACUGACAAACGGAAAAGAAGAACUGAUUAAAGAGAACGGAGAAGUGGACCAGGUAAAAAGUCUGAUGGAGAUUGAAGAAUUGACAGCAGAGGAAAAUGAAGUCAUCAUCGAGCCAUUAAAAGAACUUGUGCAAAAAGACAACGCCCCGACUAAUCAAGAAAAUGAAUUCUCUGAUCACAAAACCAGAGUGGAAGUGGAAAAGUCACUGGUGGACAAUGGAUUUGAACUAGAAAAAACAGAACUGAAUGAACAGAUAAGUGAAGAGGGACAAGAAAAACUUCCAGGACAGGAAAAUAAAUUCAUCGUGGAGCCAUUAAAAGAUCUGAUCCAGAAAGAGAAAGCCCCCACUGCAGUGGAACCCAAAGCAGAAUCGAAGGUGCCUGAGAAAGAACUGCAAAAAGUUCUUGUGGAUAAAGAAACAGAACUCAAGGACCAAGAGGAAAAAACCCUAAUGGAACAUGGCACAGAGCUAAAGGACAUGGGAAAAGCACUGGAAGACAAUGGUAAUAAUGUGACGAAAAUAGUCCCCACUCAACCUGAGAAAACACUUGUGGAAACGAAAGAAUGUAUGGAACCCAAAGUCCAACUGGUGCCUGUGAAAGAACUGCAACUGCAAGACAAAGAACCAGAAAAGGCAGAAGAAGACAUGGAUUAUCAAACAUAUAUCAAGGACCAGGAAAAAGUUGAAUUGACCAGGACCAACCAGGAAGACAAAUUGAUGGAGCUGAAAACAGAGCAGAAAGAUCUCAAGGAAGAACCCAAGGAACAGGGACAAGAGUUGAUGGACCACCAGGAUAAUGAACAGCAUUUGGAUCAAGAGCAGCAUGUGGAAGGAACAACCGAGGAGACUGACGGGCAAGCAAAUGAGCAUGAGAGAAUGAAUGACACACAUGGCGAGAGUGAGACGACAGUCUGUGAGACACAAGUUGAGGAUACGAAUCAGACAAGGUACGCAGUGCACAAGAAACUGGAACGGCUUCGAGAAGAGCUAGAAAAGCGCCAACAUUUCCAGGAUAUCCAGACUAAGUUCAUGGAUAUCCUGAGACUGAAGAUGCACAUGAUCGCACACAGACUGGACGGCAAUGAAAACAACACGGAUAUGCAGAAGAUGAAAGAGCAAAUGGCAGACAAGAUAGCAGACUUGGAGAGACUGAAGAAGGGCACCGUACCAAAAAGUAAAGGGAUGCAAGAAACACCUGGAGCUGGGACAGAACAAGGCCAUGAAGGAAAGAUCGAUCAAAUAGUCAGUGUCAUUGCAGGGGUACAGGGAGAAGUAGUGAAGGAGAAACUGAGAAUGGCUGAGCAUACCAUUGCAGAGCAGCAAAGACAGAUAUGUGUCCUGGAGAGAACGGCAGCAGAGUUCAUGACAAUGUACAAGGAGAUGCAGAAAGACAAAGAGGAGGCCCAGAGACACAGAGAGGAACAGGACCAAAGGAUUCUACAACUGCAGACAUUGGCUGCAGAGUUGAUGACAAAAAUGACAGAGAUGGAAAGACACAGCAAUGAGGCAGCACAAAGACGACAGGAGUGUGAAAACACAACAGAGGCAAAAGAGAGAAUGGCAGAAGACAAUGAUUUGAGACAAGCGGAACAACAAUUGGCAAUGGUGAUGUUGGAUGAAGCCAACAUACUUAAUGAGGAGGAGGAUGGAGAAAAUAAAGAGAAAAUAAAGACACCCUGUUUGGACCUUGAGGACAUGAGGAGAGACAUCUGGGUGGUUGGGGACCAGGCCACACCUGGUGUCACUCAGCUGUCCCUGGACCAGGCCAGUCUCACCUCAGGAGGACAGGAGGAUCCACUGCCAUGGUUCACUUUGGAUGCAGUAAUCAGUUGCAGCUCCACAAAUGCUGAGGUGGAGAUAAUGAGUAUGGAGCUGAAGAGAAAACAGCAGAAACACAUGGAAAAAGAGGACAAUGAAGAGAAAGAGGUCAUAGAGAUGGAGAAGGAACAGACCAAAAAAGUUGAACCGGCUGACCAGAGAAAAGAAUGGACAGGAGUAGGUCUAGAAACAAAUGAUCAGAGAGAAGAGCAGGGAGAAGUUGAGAUUGAAGUAAUGGAGGAAGCCAACAUACUUGGUGAAAAAGAGGAAAGAAAAAAUUACAAAGUUGAAAUAAAGACAACCCUUGAGGACAUCAGGAGAGACAUCUGGGUGGCUGGGCACCAGGCCACACCUGGUGUCACUCUGGUGUCCCUGAGCCAGGCCAGUCUCACCUCAGGAGGACAGGGGGACACACUGCCAUGGUUCACCUUGGAUAAAAUGAUCAGUUGGGGCUCCACAAAUGCUGAAAAAUUGACAGAGAUGGAAAGACACAGUAAUGAGGCAGCACAAAGAGGAGAAGAGCGUGGAAACACAACAGAGGCAACAGAGAGCAUGAUAGAAGACUAUGAUUUGAGACAAGGCGAACAACAAUUGGCAAUGGUGAUGUUGGAGGAGGAGGAUGGAGAAAACAAAGAGAAAAUAAAGACACCCUAUUUGGACCUUGAGGACAUGAGGAGAGACAUCUGGGUGGCUGGGGACCAGGCCACACCUGGUGACACUCAGCUGUCCCUGGACCAGGCCAGUCCCACCUCAGAAGGACAGGGGGACACACUGCCAUGGUUCACUUUGGAUACAGUAAUGAUUUGGAACGAAGGGACAGAACUAGAUGAAGAAACAACUGAUAAGGGAGAAGAGCAGGGCACACCUGGUGUCACUCAGCUGUCUGUGGGCCAGGCCAGUCCCACCUCAGGAAAGGGGGACACACUGCCAUGGUUCACUUUGGAUACAAUAAUGAGUUGGAAAUCCACAAAUGCUGAGGUGGAGAAAAGGAGUGUGGCGCUGGAGACACAAGAGGUGAACAAUGUGGGAAAACAGGAGAAAAAAGAAAAGCAAAAGGAACAGACCAAACUGCAUGAAGUGAUAGAAAAGGUAACAAAGGCGAUGGAGGCAAAAGGACAGCAAGAUAAAGCACUGGCGGAGCACAAAAAUGAUGACGAGAUGACGGCCCAUCGUGAUGACGAGAAACAUCAACAAAUGUGCACGGAUGGGCAAAUCCCUCUGACAGGAUAUCAUCAGAAAUUGAUCAAACCUAUGCAAGUGGCCAGAGAGCUAAAGAAUGACAGAAAGCUGAUGAGUGAAACGUCAACCAAUACCCUGCUGGGCUGGGGCGACCCAAACUUCCUCAGGCCUGAGGACGAUGGCAUGGAGACAGCCACAGAUGGAGAGAGACGCGUUGACCAGCCUGAGAGCCACCAAGGAGAGAAGAAGAAAAAGAAGAAAUCUGUUCUUAAAUGGCUGAAAAAGAGACUUGGUUUCAAAUGAAGAUGACAACCCACAUAUGCAA